CUUGCGCUGUGUGUGAGCGCAGAUGAUUUUGAAAACAGAAACGUAGUGUAUAAUUCAUGCACAUUUUAUCCACUUUACGUGACGUCGUCGCGUCCAUUAAUACAGUUCCUGAUAGCGUCUUCUUGUUUGAUUGUGGUUGUAGACCGUACGUUUGUCACUCAAAUUAAUUAUUCGGGUCACAGUGAUAUGUGUAAUUUGUUUCUUAGUGAGUCAUUCUAGUUUUUGUUUGUGUUACGUAUAGACCAUUAUAACAAUGUUAUCUCUUGUUUUAAAAUAGUUAUUUAGUGAUAGCUGCCUCGUGUUAAAUCAAAGUGAUGGAUUCGCCGCCGGUACCAAAACCAAGGAGUGCUUUUUUGCCUCCUUGUGAGCCUGUAACUCGGCCUGUGCCUGUUCCACGUACCAAAUUGCCUCAGCCUACAGAAAGGGUCACUGCUUCUGACAUAUUUAAAUCAAUAAGUUCUGUUUCAAAGCAACUAUCUGAGGAUGUGGCACUGAAAGUAAGUAAUUCUGCUAAGACUGCUAAUGAAAAGUUAGAAAGGUCCAUUCAAGAUGGUUCAAAAUUUGCCAAAGAUACAUUGGAAAAAACACUUACAACUUCUCGAGCUGUGCGUCAGUCUGUGACUAAGUCUGUGAUAGAAGGAACUAGGACAGCGGGCCUUAGGUUAAGGAGAACAAAGAAACCAGACAGUCUCGAUGAAAAUGACCCACAAAGAUGUGUUUCAAUGCCAGCUGUUGAUGUUAGCUUAUUUGACAAUAUACAAUUCAAUUCACCUCUUCUGGAACAAAAGAGAUUUAACAAUGAUGGGAUUGGUGCUCCGAAAAACCUGGAACACCCUAAUUUACAUUUGAAUACAUCCAAUUUUGAUGAUUUGUCUCUGUUCUCUAGUAAUUCAGAUAAUACAGAUUCAGUUAGCAGUUAUUCUUAUGACAUGAGCAGAGAAUUAGAACAUAAUGCUUCUAGUUUAACUCUGGAAAGUGAACAAAUGACAUAUGACAUUCCAAAACCCUCUAGAACUAACAGCAUAGUUAGUUCUCUGAGUUCAACAUCUAUUGGAUCAAGUCCAGACAUUCCAGAAAGAAGAAAAAAGAGGGAAAGUGCUGUAUCAAUGGAAGUAAUGAGACAAAAUUCUAUGUAUGAAAAUUGGACCUUACCUUUCCAAUCAACAAAAAGUUCAGUUUCUGUUAAAGAAGCAGUGCUAAAUGACACAGAGUUGCCAAGGCCAAGUAAAAGUACAAUAUAUGAGUUUGAUCCUUUACAAGCAAGUACUUCACCACAGCGGUACGAUGGUGUAAGCAAUGAGUUGUUACUAUUAGAAUCCUUCUUAAUUGGAGAUACUUAUGGUACGAUAGUGGCCUCAGAUACUACUGAGGAUAGUUUUGAGUUUUGUGAAAGUGAAUAUUUUAAUCCACCAACUCCACCAGAGCGUUCAGAUAGUCUUUUUCCAGACACAAAGUCAACAAAACUAAAUGUUGUUGAUAAAGACAGAAAUUCCAACUGGUUUGUCAGUGCAGACAAUAAUGAUGCGAAAUCUGUGUCAGAAGAGGAAAAUAAACCAACAAAUUCAGUUAUGCAAAAAUUCUCCCACAUAUUAAAAUUUGAGAAACUAAAUAAGUCAUCCAAACCAGUUCCACAGAAGGUGGAGACUGUGGAAAGGCCACCAGUCAACUCAUUGCCAGUGCCAUACUUUAGUGGGUUACUGACACGGAUUGUAUCAGGAGUAGUCGAAGAUUUAUUUAAGAACUCACAGACGAGAUUUUGUGUACUUUCUGAUCAAAAGUUGAUGUGUUACUCAGAUCCAACAAACUCCAUAUUAAAAGAAGCUUACACAUUGGACAAUAUCUACUCUGUACAGAUUGUACUGCCUCUAUCCUCUAGUACAACAAGUAACUCGUACUGUUUCGAGAUAAUGGUAUCGUCGGGGGGCAUGAGAAGCUCUCCUCGCAAAAUACUGUUCAGCUGCGCGAGCGCUUCUGAACGUCGCAACUGGGCUCAAAAAAUCGCGGAGCAUUUGACCUGCGGGUUCUCAACUAAGUACACUUCGGAGUUCACCAGGUGUGGUUGGUGCUACCUUAAGGAGGGAGUGACAGGAGAGUGGCGAGGUGCCUGGGUGAUGCUCAUCCGUCGUGUGAUGGUCUACUAUACAACAAAGGAGCCCGCUGUGCGUACUGUUGACCUCAGGAAAACCAGAUGUGUUGUGACACAAGAGGCUGACGAGGACACCAAGUCUGUCUGCCCGACAGACGGCAGUCACAACUUACUACUCGACUGCCCACACGCCACACUUUACUUACGGUUCCCACACGAAAGAGAACUGAAGGGAUGGCGGUACAUGGUGAAGCUGGCUGCCCACAACAAUGGAGCUCACAUCCAUCACCAGCAGCUUACAAAAGAAGAUGUUCCCGCCAUCGUGGACAAGUGCCUCAGCUUUAUCUAUGCUCACGGCAGUCUCUCGGAAGGUAUCUACCGUCGCGCUGGCAGUGGCUCUGUGCUGUCUGAGCUGUUGGCUCGGUUCCGUCGCGAUGCGUGGUCCGUCCAGCUCAGCCCCGUGCAACAUUCCGAGCAUGAUGUUACCGGCGUCCUCAAAAGGUUCUUCCGGGACCUUCCUGAACCUUUGGUGCCACAAGAAAAACAUAAAGAUCUGGUAGCAGCUCUAGGUGUGUUAAAUUACUUUAAUAAUUUGGUUGUUAUAAGUCUGUACUGUAUCACCACAAAUAGACGUCGUGCUGCAUUGCAAGGAAAGGUAGUUGUAAUAACUGGUGCAAGUUCUGGUAUAGGAGAAGCAUUGGCUCAUGCAUUCUAUGAACAAGGAAGCAAAGUAGUGUUAGCUGCUAGAAGAAAAACAGAAUUGGAGAGAGUAAAAAAUGACUUAGUGUCUAAGAAUCUGUUAAAAUGAUUUUUGUACCUUCAUUUCAUUUCACAGCUAACACCAAAUAAAACAAGCUCAGAUGUGUGCAUAGAACUGUGUGAAAAGGCAAAAUCAGAGUCUCAUCUACUAAUGCUAGAAGAAGUCAUAUGUAACGACUCGAUGCGGCGCAUAGUGCAUAUUGAUGAAGUGGUACUGGACGUGGUACUUCGAUGGAGUUACUGGGAUGAGGACGACAGGAAGCACAACUAUUUGCUAGUGAAAGAGAAUAAAAUACUCCAUGAUAUGGAAGCGAUGAGACAAACGCCGUCCGUUUGCGGUGAGCUCCGACUCGCCACUGAGGCAAUGAAGUCUUUUAAACUACAUAUGUUUGAAGUGCAAAACUCUAGGCUGUGCUAUUUCAAAGAUAAACAGGGUUCUCAUAAGAUAGAGGAGUGGAAAAUAAAGGACAUUUUGUGGUAUGUGGGUCAUGAGGUAAAGAGGAAUCCUCAGUCGCGGUGGGCCAUCACAUUUAUACCUAGAAACAAACAGAAACGGAGUAAAGACAAGCCGUGGUUCGGUUGCACUAUAGCGGGCGCGGUGACGGAGGACCAGCUCAAGUGGAUGACGGCACUUAUGUUCGCAGAGCAUUCGACAAUACUACCUACUCCUCGACUAGUUAUCACGUAAUCUCGUAUCUCAUGGAGAGCAGUACAACUGGUGUCCUUAAAUUGACUUCAAUUGCAUAGUCCAGCAAUUUCAUACUUUAAAAUGAUCUGCAAUGUGUUAGCAAAUUACACUAAUUUGUUACGUGUUUCGAUGCACACAUCAGUACUACUAACUUGCCAAGAUUGUUUACAUUGUAAGGAAUAUUCUAUGUUCAGUUUUUAGAGAGAGUAUGAAAAUCUACAUAUUAUUAUAUACUUAGGUAGAGGUGGUAGUCACUUAUUUGAAAACAAAUCACACUAGAUCCUGUUUGCUCUCAUUUGUAGCAUGUAGCUACACCAUAGCAAACAUUCACAAGUAUUCGCCUAGGUAUGAAAUAAAAUGCCAUCAAAGAAAAACUAAACUAAGCUGGCAAAACUUAAUUUAUAUUUAUAUAGUGUUG